AUGUUCUGCCUUGCAAAAUGGUUUAAGAAUUCGAAAGUUGAAAAAGAGUCGUCGAAGAUAUCAUCGCAUUUUACUGCAAAUGAUACUUCUCUGUCCAAGGUUACUGAAUUUGAUAAAGAGAACCUGUCACUUGGGUUUGCGACCUGCCUGUGUUCUUUGAUUAAAGUGUCUGACUAUAAUACGCGGCAGAAUCUCAUCAUGUGUCUCCAUGAAGCUUCGUCAUUUUGUCAAAACUUCGGUGUGAUUAGGGAUUCCAAAUGCUUGGAAGCUCUUCUUUCUUUACUCGAUUCCAAGUCGAGUAUGCUACCGGUAUGCAGGCAAAAUCUGAGCAUACUUCAAGUGACAACAAACCUUGCGUGUGAUCAACAGAGCCUUCCCAUAAUUAAGAACUAUUUGGGUGAUAUUUUCCUCAUAGCUGAUACGACGGAGUACAGUGAUCAGGCUUGUGCUGCUUUUCAGGUCUUGGCUAAUAUAGCACUGACUUCACCUGGGUGCGAUGUAAUGCGCGAUGAGUGUGGUCGUUUAUGCAGCAUGCUGGGAAUGCGCAAUCCAUACCUACUUAGGAACUUAUUAGCAGUUUUAGUAAAUUUAUCAUGCGAUGCAAACUGUUGUGACAAACUCCUUGUACAGAAUCCUGAGGAAUUUGCAAAGGCUGUGGAAUAUUCAUUAUCUCUAGAUGUUCCUCCGUUAAUUUCCUUGAAGAUGACAGCUCUGCUUAACAAUCUGUAUUCUCAGAUAGUCAAGGAGAAAGAAAAAUACUGGAGUUCUGUUGGUUCUGCAGUUUAUCCGAAGACCAUCGCUGUUUCACUUAAGGAGAAUCGUACUCGAAUUGAAUCAUGGAUUCUGUCUUUACUGUCAUCAUCGGAGAAUUCUAUCGAAUUCAAUGCUCAUUUGCAGAAACUUCUAUCUUUUGUGAAAACCAUGCUGCCGAGAAAAUCUUUGUCAGCACUCUUCGCAUUACUGAACACUCCAGUGUUAUCGGAAGGCCGGAUUUUUAAAUGUAAUGAUCAUGAGUAUUCCAUCGUUUCUAAAUGGACACAAACCGAUGUUGUUCGCAAGGAUAGUGUUUCAUACUCACAAACGCAUUUCAUCAAAGUGCCGCAGCAAAUCUGUGAAAGUUUACACGUAAACUAUGGUUCACAAGUACAAUUUUCUUCGUUUGGGAAAUGCUGUCCUGUCGCUUCACAGAAUCAAGUACGUACUGUUUGGGAUAUUCAGUCUCCAGAUGGCUGUCAUAGAGCUGUGUGCAUCGAGUAUACUCCACCGUCAAUGUCUCCAAUCUCAUCAAAAUCUGUUACUGCUAGUUCUGCAGAAACAGGUAUUUUCGUUCAAAUAUGGAUCAACGGAUACUUCUCAAAUUGCAUUAAGCUCCCAACAACGUCUGCUAAUGCUCGUCAUGGUCGUGUUCAUCCAUCAUGGGGUCCGUCAUUUCAUGGAGCUGUCUGGUCAAGUGCAAAUGAUAAGAUUGCAUAUCUGGCGGAGGAUGUCCUUGAUGGCUCUUCAGAAGAUGUUGGAGUCAAGUCUUCGGAAGACGAUUCCUCAUCGUUUGUAUUUCAAGAGGACUGGGGUGAAGGAUAUGAAGGUUUACGCAAACCAGUAAUAUGUGUUCUCGACCUAGCUACCGAGACUGUUAGUCUCGCUCCAAUGAAAGAAAAUAACCUAGAUCUGGCUUCAAAUGAGCCAUUGUGGACUCCUGAUGAUAAUGGGAUUGUAUUUGUUGGGUAUCGUCUACAGGCCUACAAUCUCGGAUUAAUUUACUGCAUUCAACGUCCAUCUCAGGUUUACUUUUGGGAUAUGAAAAACGACAGCAUUAAGCCUAUCAGUGAAACCGGUCAGUCUGUCCAUUGCCCUCGAUUCAGUCCGAAUGGUGCAUAUUUAGUUUGGCUUCAGAAUCCUGUUGGAGGACCACAUGGACAAUGUGUUUCUUUAGUCGGUAUUGAUUGGUCAGUCGGAUAUUUUAAGCCCAAAGUUAUCAUACCACUGGUAGACAAACCAUCCAAUGAUGAUUAUACCGACAGAUUUCCAGGACUGUAUUGUAAUUUAUCAGAACGUUGUUGGUCUAGUGAUAGCCAAUGUAUUCUAGUUUCAUCAUCUUGGGGAUUUGAAAAGAUUGGACUUAUUAUUUCAGUGACUGAAUCUAUUCAACAAUGUAAACCAGUUAUAUAUAAACUGCCUAAAUUGAAAUUAACAUCUGAACAAAAUGAAUCUUCAUUAACAGUUUUAGAUGUUUAUGAGGAUAUUUUAAUGGGUUGUAUCAGUUCUCCUAGUCAUCCGCAUCAUAUAGCUGUAUUGAAUUUAAAGAAUAUUAAUUACACCAAUUUAUUAGGUGUUAAUGAGGAUCUUAAUCAACGUCCAUGGUUAAUAGUUCCUUGUGGGACUGAUUUAAAACAAACUUCUUCGCGCUCAAUUAAAGGUAUUCAAUGGUCCAUCCAUCGAAUGGAAUGUGAAACUUUGAAUCAUGAAUUAUCUGAUAUAAAUUCGUUUGAAUAUCUACUGAUACAUCCAAAACUUGAAAAUGAUUGUUCUAUAAAACAAAUAGAUAUUUCUGAUUUCACAUUUGGUAAAGAUAUGUCUAAAAUUAUUGCAAAUCGUCUACAUGGUCUAAUCGUAAUACCACAUGGUGGUCCACAUACUCAAUCAAAUAUUGCUUGGUCUUCAAUGAUAGCUAGCUUUUGUAUUUGUGGAUUUGCUUGUCUAUUGAUUAAUUAUCGUGGAUCACUUGGUUAUGGGAAUGAUUUCACUCGAGAUUUACUUGGAUUUAUUGGUGAUAAAGAUGUAUCUGAUUGUGUUCAGGCUACUAAAUCUGCCCUGAAUUAUCUUAGGAAAUAUGAAUCUAAUCUUAAAGCAGUUUUAUAUGGAGGUUCUCAUGGUGGCUUUCUAAGUUUACAUCUAGCUGCACGAUAUAAUAAUCUAUACAGUGUAGCUGUAACACGUAAUCCAGUCACUAAUUUAGUCAGUAUGAUUGAUACAACUGAUAUACCUGAUUGGUGUUACACUGAAACUGGUCUUACAGAUUGGUGUGAAUGGCCUCUUCAUCGUUUACCAAGUGACAGUGAAUUGAUUCGUCUAUCAAAUGUCUCUCCAUUGAAAUAUUUAAAUCAAACAUGGUCUAUACCAUUAUUGAUGUUGUUAGGUGGUAAAGAUCGUCGUGUUCCAAAUAGUCAGGGAUUUACAUUCUGUCGAAAGCUGAAAUCAUUAUGCCCAAAUAUACCAUGUGAAAUUCUUUUUUAUCCGUAUGAUUCACAUCCAUUAGAUUCUCCAGCUUGUUCAACUGAUAUUUUUAUCAAUUCUUUAAUAUGGUUUUUAAAAUAUUUGAAUAAAUCAGAAUUGGUUAAAUAUUGA